AUGAAUAGGUUACGUUCAGCUGUAUUUAAGGGCAAAAGAGCCCGACAGGAGUCGGUAGAAACAAAAGUUCAGACCCGGAAGAGGUCAAAAAAACCCUUUAAAGAAGAGGAGCCUCCAUCAUCUUCGUACCACAGCUUCUCUGAUCCUGCUGAUGUUGUUCAGCUUCGCUCUCAGCUCCUCAGCUGGUAUGACGAGGACAAGAGAGAGCUGCCAUGGAGGACUCUGGGUAUGACGGAGUCAGAUCGCAACAUCAGGACAUAUGCAGUGUGGGUUUCAGAAAUAAUGCUGCAACAGACUCAAGUUGCCACUGUAAAAGACUACUACAACAGAUGGAUGAAGAGGUGGCCCAGAGUCCAGGAUCUUGCAGCUGCCACAUUAGAGGAGGUAAACCAGAUGUGGGCAGGCCUUGGCUACUACUCUCGUGGAAAAAGGCUUCACGAAGGAGCUCAAAAGGUGAUGUCGGAGCUGAAGGGACAGAUGCCGCAGACCGUUGAGGACUUGCUGAAACAGUUACCUGGUGUGGGACGCUACACCGCUGCAGCUGUUGGCUCUAUCGCACUGGGACAGGUUACCGGAGCAGUAGAUGGCAACGUGGUUCGGGUUCUGUGUCGUCUGAGGGCUGUCGGAGCCGACAGCACGAGUCCAGCAGUAACCGAAGCUCUUUGGAAUCUUGCCAACUUGCUGGUGGAUCCUGAGAGACCUGGAGACUUCAACCAGGCCAUGAUGGAGUUAGGAGCGCGAGUAUGCACCCCCAAAGGACCGCUGUGCUUCCAGUGUCCUGUGCAGUCGCACUGUCGCUCGUAUCGCAAGGUUUAUGUCAAACAGAAACAAAACUCUAUGAAGCUUUUGGGGAAGGUGCACAAAACGACUCCUGAUCUUCCUGACAUAGAAGACUGCAUGAACGGUGAGACCUGUUUGUUGUGUCCCUCUGAGCCAUGGGACCAUGAGCUGGGUGUCCAAAACUUUCCAAGGAAGCCAGCGAAGAAGGCUCCACGUGUAGAGCGAACUCUGACAUGCGUGGUCUCCAGACCUGGGGAGGAGGGAGGCGAGGAGUUCCUGCUCACACAGAGACCAAACAAAGGUUUGCUAGCAGGCUUAUGGGAGUUUCCAAGUCUUCUGCUGAAGGAGGAAAACUCUGAGGUGAAACAGAAGAAGGCACUGAGGGAUGAAAUCAGCACAGUACUAAGAACCAGCAUGACUGACCACCUCCAGUAUGUUGGAGAGGUCAUGCACAUCUUUUCCCACAUUCACCAGACCUAUGUGGUUUACAGUUUGAGCCUGACAGAGAGCAACACACGAGCACAGACUGAAAAAACACGGUGGCUCCACAGGUCUGCUCUGCAGGAAGCUGCUGUGUCCACUGGACUGAAAAAGAUUUUAAAACUUUUUGAUUCUGUGGACAAUUUAAAGGAAAAAGUGUCAAAGGAUGGGAAAAAGCAAAAGCAUGCAAGCCUGAAGAAUGACAAGAAACUACAGAUGUCCAAAAAGUCCAGGUUGGCUGCAGCUAACGGUGGAGGUACACAGCCCUGCAUCAGCUCCUUCUUCAAGACCGUAAAAGAAGAAAAUAGUUAG